GAUGCUGACGAUGUGGACGGAGGAAAAUGCGCACGUGCACCACACCUCUCGUGGCCAAUCGUGUCCUUGUGAUUUCCCCUGAGCCUUUUCUCCUCCUCGUGCCGGGCAGGAUAAAAAGCUCCUUUCACUGAGGCACUUUGCGACAGUUCCUAAAACUCCCACCAUGCUGCAGCUGUUGACAUUCCUGGUGGAGAAGUUCUCCCUUCUCUCCAAGUUUAAACUCUUUGAGUCCAGCUGGCUGGACGGCGAGGAGUGGGGGCGCCCUGCGCAGCGCGGUCCACCGCCUCAUCUCCGGAGGGGGGACCUGCUGGAGGUCCCGCGAACCAUCUUCACCCACUACGGCAUCUAUUUGGGUGACAAUAAAGUCGCCCACCUGAUCCCCGACAUCCUCCCCGUAUUUACAAGCGACAACAAACUGAUCAGCACCGUCAUCACAAACAAGAGGCUCAUCAUCGGCUGCGUGUACAAGAGCGCCACGGUGCGCGUGGACACGCUGGAGGACUUCGCAUACGGCUCCAGCAUCCUGGUGAACCGCAUGGAUAAGACGGCGAAGGCGCUGCCGUUCUCCAACGAGACUGUCGCUAAGAGGGCUGAGCAGCUCAUCGGAGCGUUCCCGUACAGUCUGCUGUGGAGUAACUGUGAACACUUUGUGACGUACUGCAGAUACGGGUGCGCAACAAGUCGGCAAACUGAGAAGUUCUGUGAGUUUCUGAAAUCUAUCAUCAGAGACCAGCGCAGCGCCAUUGCUUCGGGGCUGCUCGGAGUCGUCUCCAUGGUCUGCUACGGAAUGGCCCUUUCGACUACAUUACCCACAGUUCUUAUCCCCUUCACUCUGUGGAUGGCGAGUUAAAAAAAAAAUCAAACAAAGAAGUCUGUAUAAACACCAAACAGAACAUUUUUAUUACUUGUCGUAGAAGACCGGCUGGACCACCUUAACGCUUUACGACUGCGAGUGUAAUUUUAUGGUGCAGACGUUGUUGAAAGUUUUGCGUCACGCAGUAAUAAUUGUUUAUCAUCCUCUCAUGAAAGAGUGAGGUAAUAAAUAAAAGUCUCUUUGCUAACAUUUUAGUCAGCAACAUCCUGAUGUGCAUAUAUUCUGAAGCUUUUUUUAUAUAGUAGUUCACUUAAUAUAAAGCUGUAAAUAUGAUAAUUGUGUAAUAAAGAGUUUAUUUAUA